AUGCAUUUCUCAGCGCGCGUAGUUACCGGCCUCGUCGCCUUUAUCGCCAUCACCAUUCUCUACACGAUCAAUGCUGUCUCCGCACGCGACCCUACCUCGUUCUUCUUCAACCCUCGCAAAGGAUAUGCGGCACGAUAUUCUGCCAUUCGACGUCAGCAGGCCGAAGAUUUCCUGCAGGCCUACCACGAUGCGCCAAGCCACGAAAUUGUCAAAGCUGGACACGAGAGAAAUAGAAAGUUAUGUGUCGGCAUACCUUCCUUCAAGCGUGAAGGAGUGCACUACUUGCGAGAUACCGUAGGCUCGCUAUUGGAAGGCUUGACACCGGAAGAGCGACAGGAGAUGUACCUCAUAGUGUUCAUACCACACUCAAACCCGAACGUACACCCCGAAUAUAAUGAGGCUUGGCUACCGGGAUUGGCGGACCAGGUGUUGACGUAUGAGUUUGGCGACGACCAGAUGCAACAUAUCCGCAAUAUGGAACGACAGGGUGGUCUAUACGUUGAGAAGGCUCUGUUUGAUUACAGAUAUCUGCUCUCAGCAUGCACCGAACAAUUUACACCUUACAUUGCCAUGGUGGAGGACGAUGUUGUAGCAAUGGAUGGAUGGUAUCACCGUACGAUGGCUGCCAUCAGCGAGGCUGAACAGCAAGCUGCAGAACGUCACGCAAGGGCCGACUUCCUCUACCUACGCCUGUUUUACACGGAAGAGUUCCUUGGCUGGAACGCUGAGGAUUGGAGGACCUACCUGUAUUACUCGUUGUGGGUAGCCAGCAUACCCACCGCGAUCCUGCUCUUCGUACGCUGCGCUCGACCUACGACAAAACUCUCCCUCACGAUCACCACGCCUCGGUCAGUCGCCACGAUUUAUGCUGUCACUGGGGCCAGUAUCCUCAUUUUUUUCGGUAUGGGCCGCAAUACCGUUCUUCCCCUACCCACUGGAGUCGCGGAAAUGUCUGAGUUUGGAUGCUGCGCCCAAAGCUUUGUCUUCCCUCAUCUCAAAGCCUUGGCGCUUGUUGACUACUUCAAAGAUCGGCGUCUGGGAUUUGUCGACGUGCUCACGGAAGACUAUGCGAACGAGCGAGGUGAGCUACGCUACGCUAUGACGCCAGGAGUCAUGCAGCAUAUUGGCAAGAAGAGCAGCAAGAUCGACGACUAUGGACCACAGAGUAAGUGGGGUAGAAGCGUUGCAGAGAAGAUCUGGAGCUUCACGUUUGAGAGGUUUGAUUGGAUGAAGUUACGGCAAGAGCAUGAAAACAAUGCGAGGGACAGAAGAGACGCGAAGGCUGAUAGAGAGGCUCAGUUCGCCAAUCAGCAAGCCAGUGUCUGA